AACUUUCCGUUUCCAAAAUUACAUCCGUAGACGAGAGGUGUUUUCCCAUGAACCGGAUCUAACGCUAAAUAUAUACGUCGCGUUCGCAAUGCUACGUUCAUACACGGCGACACGUUAGUUUGUUACACUUAAGGAACACGAAGAAAGUUCAGACAAAAAUGAAGUUCUUCAAAUAUUUUCUCAUUACCAUUGUAAUCAUAGCCUUAAUAGACCCGACAGAGGGAUGGCUAAGGAAACAACUGAGAAAGCUCGGGAGAAGUAUCAAGAAGGCGGUAAAGAACGUCAAAAAAGCUGGUUGCAGGGUAUUGUUUGGUGUCGGUUGUCCUGCCGCAGUGGGGGCCCUUGGUACAGCCUUAGCGUCCGGAACUUCUGGUAUAGGAUCUGCAAUCGUGGCAGUAGGUGUAUCAGCGGGUACAAAUGCUUGCCAUGUGAGAAAAGAGAGAUGCAAAAGAAGUGUUGAAAUGACUGAAAUUCUGCUCCCAUUUUCCGACGAGAUGUCGGACUACGAUAUGAACGGUGAUAAGCUGAUCACAUACAAAGAGUUUCAGUUGGCUGUGUUACGAAGCGUAAACCUGGCAGAUCCAGAGGAACUUCGUGAGCCCUUUGCAUUCGCUGACUUUGAUGGAGAUGGUAUUUUAGAUUCUUACGAAUUUAACGGAGCUCCAUUUUUAUUCGCACACGCAUCCUCAGUAAGCCGAAAUGUUAGCACAGCCGCUUAGCAACAUAACAUCAAUCAUUACAUUUUUUUUCUUGUUUGGGGGGACUUAGAGUUGCCAUUGUCCACCCGUCCAAAUUUGUGUAGUGUAGUUCCCUAAAAUAUUUAACCCAUGGUCAUCAAACCUCACAUACUUAUUAUUCAGCAUGUGAAGUUGUGUAUCUGAUGUUUUAAUUGGGAUCUAACAUGCCCAGACCGAAGUUUUGGCCCUUAGCUUAGACAAAAGUAUGCAUAAAGGCAUAGAAUUUUGUGUCCCACGUAUCUUAAAACGUAUUUGAUCUAGGGCCAUGGAACAUAAUAGGAAUAUCAUUCAGCAUGAGAAGUUGUGCACCUGGUUUUUGUUUGGGACUUCUAUCAUUCAGACCAGAAUUAUGGCACUUGAUUAAGUAAAAAAUAAACAUAAAUGGCAUACAAGUUUGUCUCGAAUGUAUCUCAAAAACGAUUUAACUUAGAGUCAUAAAACAUUACAGGAUUGUUAUAUAGCAUAUUAAGUUGUGUACCUGGUGUUUUCUUUGGGAUUUAACUCAGCUAGACCAAAGUUAUGAUCCUGGAUUUAACGAAAAAUGGACAUUGAGUGCUUCAAAGUUUGAUUUGCAUAUACAUGUAUUUUAAAAAAAUGCUUUCACAUAGUCACGAAUCCAUGUACUGUGACAGGAAGUAGAAGCACUUAUGUCAAGUGGACACACAUCUAGAAUUUCUUUAAUUUUUAUUGCCUAGAUAUUCUUUUUUAAACCAAGUUUUGUAAAAUAAUUACUAUUUUACGUUUUUACGUUAUUUUCUAUGCAUCAUUGUGAUAAUAAAUUGGGAAACAUG